AUGUGUGCUGAUAAUACUACUACUGCUACUGAAUCGGCAUAUGACUUAUUUGUCAAUGAUUCGGCGACUUGUGAUGUUUGUGAGAAGCUCAUUGUCUAUCUAAGGGCUGUUUCCGGCAAGGCUUCCAGUUUUACGGGUAGUACAAUUCGUGCUAGCACUAAGCCGGGUAACUCGGUCCUUUCUGCCGCAUUUGGUCAACGACUACCGGUAUAUGCCAGUCAGAAAAGGGAGGAGUCUUUUGAGGGCGCCCUGAAGGUUUUGAAGGCAAUUGCUGAGGACUCUGGUUUUGGGGCCCUUCUGAUCCCUGAGGGCAGCGAGGCCCUCAAGUGGGUUGAGUGGUGCCUCAAUGAGAGCGAGGGGGCAUUCAAGCUCACCAAGGAAGGUGUGGAGAAGCUCAAUAAGGCCCUCGAGGACCGGGUAGGCCCCGCUGGCUUGAAGGUCGGGGCAUUCUUGCUCGGUGGUAGCAAUAUCACGCUCGCUGACUUUGUAGUAGCUCAUGCGGCCGAGCGAUGGGCCUCUAAGGCCUCACAGAAGGAGCUUGCUCAGUACUGCAACAUCACUAGGUGGUAUCACCAUAUCAGUAGUUUGCCGGGCAGCCCUUACCCCAACAGUGUUAUAGACCUCCAUGCGGUGACGCGGGCUUAUACUAAUCUUCAUAAGGCCGACGCUACUGCUGCUGGGGGCAAGGGGGGCAAGGGCUCACCUAAGAAGGGAGAGGCUGAUGAGGCUGGGAAGAAGAAGGCGGAGAGGAAGGCGAAGAAUAAGGAUAAGCAAGCUAAGGCACAGAAGGAGACCCGACCUGUAGAGGAUGUUAGCCGAUUGAAUAUGAUUGUUGGUAAGAUCAAUAAGGUAUGGGAACAUCCUGAUGCUGAGAAGCUGUGGUGUGAGGAGAUCGACUGUGGUGAAGCUUCCGGUCCCCGUCAGAUCGCAUCAGGCCUUCGUGAUUUCUAUAAGGAAGCCUCGGAUCUCGAGGGUCGUAAAGUAGUCAUCUUGGCUAACCUCAAGCCCCGUCCUCUGCGUGGAUUCGUCUCCCAUGGUAUGGUCAUGUGCGCAUCUAGUGGUGACCACAGCCAAGUGGAAGUGUUGACAGUCCCUGAGGAUGCUAAGCCCGGUGAGCGCAUCUCGAUCCCGGGCUUUGACGGUGAGCCUGAUGAUGUCCUGCAUCCUAAGCACAACCCUUUCGAUGCGGUCAAGGGUGACUUGAAGACUGUUAAGAAGGAGAAUGGUGUGAUCGUGGCCACUUACAAGGGCAAUGCGUUUACGCUCCCGAACGGUGAGAUCGUCACCACUCCUAGCCUUGCCGAUUGCGAGAUUUCCUAAGUCCUCAGUAGCUCAUCAAAUUUACGAGGUUCACGAUCAGUGUAAAUAUUACUUAACUUGCUGCUAGUGGUGGAACGCACAC